UCCAAUGUUGUUCACAGAGACAAGAGGCAGUGUUGAUCAGCUCUGCAUGAAGGAAGAAUAAGUGAACAGUUUUGAACUGUUUGACAUUUGACUAGCAAACAUCUAUGUAAUCCCACAAGAAAGGAAUUGUAGUCCCCAUGGUACUGUACCAUUCAUCGUCAACUCCAAGGUAGACCGGACUUGUAAGGUGAUGGACAAUGUAGCACCAGCCACAAACUCGGAGUUCAUGGAACUACAAUUACAGUGCAUCGUCUAUACGACUUCUAUCACCCUUCCAUCUCACCCACUUUAAAUUUGCCCCUCAACCCAAAGCUCCAAAUGACCGAUUUAUCACGACCUUAAAGAGAUACGGAAGAAAAUUCUAAUGAUACAAGAACAUUGAUAAAGAUACAGACUGACUUCCAGUCCUUGUGCAAUCCAUUAGUGACUUACAUUUGACAUGACAGACGUCUAGUGCCAGGCAAUGGUCUCUACAGUUGCCUUUCUCCUCGUCCUGUGGUUUCAGGGAUGUACCGCCAAUGUUCAUCUUACGGAGGACAACACAGAGUCGCCAGCAUUCGUCUCUACGCUGACAAUGACCAUGUCCUUCAGACUAACGGAAUUUUGCACCGAAGAAAUUGCUCUGGCAGUGGAAGAAGCCAUGUCUGCUCAAGUACAUCAGAUGGAGAAUUAUACUACCGGAGUGUGUGCGGACCUUACUUGUUCCAACGCUGUGGUGAAGGCCUGGUGCCAGAGCUCCACCCCCUUCAUCGUCCACACCGAGAUCCACUUCGAGAACAUGGCGAAGACCAUUUCUGCUAUCAACGGGGAGGCUUCUUCAAACUCUUGUGCGGAACCUUCUCACGGGAAUAGAAGUAAUACAUGCGUUGGGUAAGAUUUCUCUGCUGAUUUCUUCAAGAAGAAAAAAAUAUACAUAUGAUGUCGUCAAAGAAACUAGCGAAUAAAAUGAAAUGCUAAUUAAUAAAGUUAACGACUUUUAUACCUUGUCACACGACCAGUGUACUACGUCACGCUAACAGUGUACUACGUCACGCUAACAGUGUACUAUGUUACUAUGUGUAAUAUGCUUGUAUGUGCAUACA